UAUCGGUUUAAAAUUUUUCAUUUUUUUUUGGCUUUCGUGAGGUGUUCAAAAUGGUAUAUUUAAGCCGCCCUUGGACACCUGCCGUGAAUCCUUUCUACAUUGGCCCCUACCCAAGAUGCGCUGUUUGUCCCUGUGACUUUGACAUUUAUAAGAAUUAUACACCUGGUGGAUGGCAUAGUCAGUGCUACAGAAGUUAUUAAGAAUGAAGCACUACACAAAAGUGAAGAACACAAUCAAGGAAAACACUGAAAUAACACCAUGUAAAACAAAUAAAAUAAAAUGAAACUCCAACUAAAUUAAUAAAAAACGCGGAGAAUUUCUGUAAUU